AAGUCAACUCUAUGUCAAAUGUUGCUUGUCAUCGAAAGUCACAACUCAGGAGUCAAUCUUCGAAGUUUUCAUUUUGUUUAUAUUUAAAGAUUUUAUUGAACAAGCAAUUUAUAUUUGUUUUGGAAACACAUCCAUAAACGAAUAAAAAAAUUAUGGCUAAAAAUACAUCUAGUUCGGCUUUCCGUAAAAUCGAUAUUGAUCAGUACAAUGAAGAUAACUUUCGCGAAGAUGAAGCUGACCCCUCAAUACCCGCUGGGCCUGAUGAAGGAGAAGUUUGCGCACUACUUAAUCAAGCUAAAUAUGUUGAUGCACUCAAGCAUGUGCUAAGUCAUGCUCCAAUUGGAACAUCAAAUCAACAAAUUAAAGACAAUGCAUUGGCAUUGACAUUAAAGGUUCUGCUAGCAAUUAAGUCUGCCCAAAUAGAAGAAGUUGUUGGAAGUCUUUCCUUGGAUGACAUUGACAUAUUGAUGAAAUAUAUUUAUAGGGGAUUUGAAUACCCUUCUGAAGGAUCAAGUGGACAUCUACUUUUAUGGCAUGAAAAAGCGUUUAACAUUGGGGGUUCUGGAUCCAUUGUGCGAGUGCUGUCAGAUAGAAUGAAAGUGUAAUAAAAUUUUGUUUUCUUUGUAUCUAUUGUGUAUUAUCAAUAAUUAUUACAUUUAAUAAAUUAUUCCAUAAACAUAAA